CAACAGUUAUUCCUUCGUAUGAAAUGACUGAAAAAUCUAAAACAAUGAGUCACGUAAAACACAUUCCGAAAGACGCUCAAGUUAUUAUGUCGAUUAUGAAAGAUAUGGGAAUCACGGAUUAUGAACCAAAAGUCAUCAAUCAAUUACUUGAAUUUACAUAUCGUUAUGUUACGUGUAUAUUAGACGAUAGUAGAAUAUAUGCGAAUCAUGCUAAAAAGAAGUUUACCGAUUUAGAUGACGUAAGAUUGGCCGUGAAAAUGCAGUUGGAACGUACUUUUACAAAUCCACCACCAAGAGACGUAUUAUUAGAUGUGGCUCGUGCCAAAAACAAUAUACCCUUACCAUUCGUUAAACCAAACAAUGGUCUAAGGUUACCACCUGAUAGAUAUUGUUUGAAUGCAACAAAUUACAAAUUGAAGAAUGCUACAAAGAAAACUGUUUCGAAGCCUAUGCAUUCAUUAGUUAGUAAUAAUAUAUCUGGAGUACAAUCCAGGAUCAAAGUAGAAGGAAGUAAGACUGGUCUUUCAAUAGUCAAAAGACCAGGCACUUUAACUACUGUUGCUCGAACUCAAACAAUAUCUAUACCAAAGCCGGUAUUAAAAUUUUCAACAGCACCAACAGGCACAACCACGGUUAAAGCUCAAAUACCAAAACCAAAAGUACAAAUAACAUCUGGACAAACUGUGCCACAUAUUAAAAUAGAAGCGGAUGACUCUGUAAAAAGAAAAAGAGAAGAUAAUAAUUAUGAUGUUUAAGUAAAAGUAUAAUAUAGAUAUAGUAUAAUAUUUAUAUUUGUUGUUUUGUUCGUUAUAUAAUUAUAAAACAUUUGAUUUGAACAAUAGGAAGAAACGGAUAUGUUAAUAUGUUCGUAUCAUGUGCUUUUAGAAAAUGAAAAUUUUUAAUUAUUGAAAGAGAUAAAUAAUGUAUAUUAUUUGAUUAAUUGGAUUAAAUGCAAGAAAUUAAUUUCAAAUAGUGAGAUUAGAAUUUAAUGUGACUUAUUGUGUUUAUAGUGAUUUUUAAGAUGGCAUAAAUAUUAUCAUUAAAUUUUGCUUUGAUUACCUUGUAACGUAAUAAUCAUUUAUUAAGUUUAUAAUAUUAAGUAAACAAAAUGAAUAUAUUCAAUCAUAUUAAUAACACCGUAGUAUUCCAUAGUAUUAACACACUAAUGUCAAACACUGACCACAAUGAUAGUAUUAAAUUAUUUUUAAUGAUAAUUUUAAAGCCAUAAAACUUGUUAGAUAACGA